CCAUCCACGUCGGCAAUGGCUUCCGAUGGCGGCAGCUCAUUGCUCUUUUUCGCGAGCUAUAAGUAUCAAGGCCAGAGCAGAGCAGAGCAAAGACCAAAACCGCAAGCAGAGCCUGUGAUCCAGUGGGCACUGAGCACCAGCAAGAUCGUCGCCAUGAGGACGUCGUCGUCGCUGCUCGUUGCCGCCGCUCUCGUUUUCGUCGUCGUCGUCGCCGAGACGCUCCCGGCGGCGGAGGCGACGUACAGGCCGAUCGGCAACACCAGCAACCUGGUGAUCCUGCAGGUGGGCCGCUUCUCGGUGCUCGUCUACGACCUGUCGCACCGCAAGAGCCUGGUGUUCGUCUCCGUCGUCAGCGGCGAGACCGAGGCGGCGGUGGGCGGCGGCACCAACUACCGCCUCGUGAUCUUGGCGGAGACGACGCCCGGCGGGAGCAAGGCCAAGUUCCAGUGCGUCGUCUGGGGCGUGCCCGGCUCUCGCGCCAACACCUGGAAGCUGCUCAGCUUCAAGGCGAUCUAGACGUGUACGGCGAUCUAGCUGGUUCAAUUUGAUCAGCGUACAAGGAUGCUCAUGCAUGCAUAAGUUGCCAUUUUGUUUCUCGAGUUAUAAGUUAGUUUCUGUGUCUCCGCGAUAUAUAAUUUCCUUGGAUUGGGAAUAAGCUGUCCCACUAGAAAGGAGACUGCAUUUUGUUAUGAUUAAUUUUUGUGCCACAAGCGAAUUAAACCAUGUCGAUGCUAAUUAAUGUAACCUUAUCACAUUAUGCAUGAUAAAUGAAAAUGUGAUUAUAUCGAAA